GCAUGUUCUGUACCAGCCAACCCCUCUAUAAAUACUCUGAAGCAAUACGGUGUUCAGAGCACGGCUGAGAGACACUCACAGAGGAACAACAAGAAGUUUAUUAUACAUCACAAGCAGCGAGAUGAAGACCAUCAUCUGUGUGUCAGUCCUCCUCAUAGUUUUGUGCCGGUCCUCCAGCGCGGUGACUGUCACGGAGGGAGACUUUCACUUCUCUCUGGAGUCAGUGAAGGCACUGAGGACUCUGAUGACUGGAGAUGAUGAGGAGCUCCGGCUGGUGGAGGCCAAAGCAGCAGCUGUGUGUUCUCACCCGGCUCUGCCCGAAGACUUCAGAGCUCUGUGUUUGAGGAAAGACGCUGGAGCAUCUCUGGCCAGGCUGGCAUUGGUGGCUACCCACGCUGAUGCCUGUGAGAUCUGUGAGUCUGUUGCCUGCACUGGCUGUUGAAAGGGAAACCUGCAUUGUGGCGUCAUCUGUCAUCGAAUAAUAUCUGAUUUUGACUGUAUUUAAAAUCAAAAAUGAUAUAUAAAACAAAAAAACAAAAAAAAACAUUGAUAUAUUUUUGUUCAUGUGCUUAUUGAUCAUGUGUUUCUUCUGAUCUGUCUUCCAUAGUUUGUUUGGUCAUCAGCUGAAUGUGUCUCAUUUCAACAGAGCAGAAUACAUGUGUCAAAUUUUUUGUACAACUGGUUAAAGCUUUAAAAUAUUGUUUCAUUGUUUGUUAUUGAAAUCUCAAUAAAAUGUUUGAAAAUC